AUGACCAGCAGACCCCACGGGAUCGACGGCUGGGGAUAUCCCAAUCAGGAAUACGCCCCGGAGCCUCGGGUGAUGACCGAAGCGCCACGCAGCGCGCUGGUGGUUACGCCCCACCCUGACGACGCCGAAGGAGGCUGCGGCGCGACCAUGGCAAAGUGGAUCGCCGAGUCCGGCACCAAGGUGGUCAUCCUGAUGUGCACCAACGGCAACAAGGGCACCGGUGACCGUUCGUUCACCCCUGAGACACUCGCCGCCACCCGGGAGAUCGAGCAGCAAAACGCCGCCAACGUCCUGGGUGUCUCGGAGGUGGUGUUCCUGCGUUACGGCGACGGCGAACUGGAAGACACUCAAACUUAUCGCGGCCAGGUCGUUCGCGAAAUCCGACGUCACAAACCUGAGGUGGUAUUCGGCAUCGACCCCUAUCGCGUCACCUCCCACACCCACCGGGACCACCGCCACAGCGGCCAGGCCGCGUUGGACGCCGCUUUUUCCUAUGCCUGGAGCUGGCUGGAUUUUUCCGAGCAGAUCAGCGAUGAAGGCUUGGAGCCCCACCGCGUCGGGGAAGCGUUGCUUUGGGGUUCCGAGCGCCCGGACACGUUCAUUCCGAUCACCGAGGAGCACAUCAACCGGAAGGCCAAAGCACUCAGCCAACACGCUUCGCAGAUAAGCGCGCGGACUGUCUCCCAGCGCCUGGAGCGAAUGACCGAAGGUUCCCGCCUCCAGGGUGAGCGCUGCGGCGUUCCCUUCGCCGAGGGUUUCCGUCGCAUCAAUUUCAACCUUGGCACAGACGAAUGGUUAGCCGGCGUGGUGACGAUCAACACAACCGACGAUUUGCUGCGGGUUCUGAGCGAGAAUCCGGAAUGGAAAGCGGCCGUGCGCCGGGAGAUCCUUACCGAGGAAUUGCUGAAUCUACCGGCCCGGUUUGACAGCUUCGUCGAAGAGCAGCGCCGCAUCAACGAAGAUCAACACCGCUUUAACGAAGAUCAACGCCGCUUCUAUGAAGAACAGUUGCAGUUCAACGGAGAACAGUUGCGGUUCAACGAUCGUGUCGAUCGGUUUAUGGUGAGGACCGACGAAAGGUUCGCUCGAAUUGAGAGCGACAUCGCCAACUUCAGGUCGGAUUACGCUCGCACGAAUGUCGUUCGUGAAGCUGACGCCAUCGCCGGCGACAUGGGCUUCAGCCUGGUUCGCACCCUUUCCUACGUUGAGUUGCGCGACAUUCAUCAGGACUCUGAUACUUCCGGUAUCGAAACGCGUCUGCUGCGAAGUUUCCGCCGCGCCGAUUUGGUGAUGGAAGUCACGGAUGAGGACGGCGCUGCCCACUACGUUGCCGUGGAGGUUUCCUACACUGCCGACGAUCGCGACACCGGACGCGCGAUACGCAACGCUGAUUUCCUUGCGUGGUUCACCGGCCGCCCGGCCCACGCUGCCGUUGCCAGUGUGCGCAACACCGAACAAGUCCAGUCCACCGUCGCCAGGGGAGAAGUGUACUGGCACCGAUUGGACGACCGCGACCCGGCGACGGAAUAG